AAAAAGAAGAAUAACAAACAAUCCGUGCAAUGCGAGGAUAGUGUAUAUUUGCCACAGGACUACACAGACUUUCAGUAAAAUGCUAAUCCUGUGACGGCGCGAGCGGCUUGCGCGCGCUCCAUCCGCUUCCAGUGCGCAGGGGAUUUCCGUCUACCUGCAGAGACAUUCCGGAUUAAGAAAGCAGCUCUAAUGGCUCUAUAACACACUUCAGCCGCGCGCGCGCGUGUGUGUGUGUCCAGUGAAGCGGCAUUGGGAAAGAUGAUGGGAGAGUGUGUGUGGCGGCGUGUUGUGUCUCUGAGUCUCAGGUUGAUGCUUGUUAUUCCUGCAGGUCUGCCGGUACGGAGUCAGGGGGACACACAGUCCGAUAAUACCGUGAUGGACAACAUAACUGUCCGACAGGGAGAGACUGUCUUCCUCAGUUGUUCUCAAGGCAAUAUCGUGACGCACACGGCCUGGCUGAACAGGUCCAGUAUACUAUAUGCCGGCGAGGAUAAGUGGUCCGUGGAUCCCCGAGUCAGCCUGGUCACCCUGAACCGUGACGAGUUCACCAUCAAGAUCGAGAACAUAGACUUGAGUGACGAGGGACUGUACGUGUGUGCCGUUCAGACCAGCAGCAAGCCCAGAACCACCUCUGUCCAUAUUAUUGUGCAAGUCCCUCCAAAAAUUGUCAACUUCUCAAACAGUUUGGUGGUGAAUGAAGGCUCCAGCGUCACACUGAUGUGUUUGGCUAACGGCAAACCAGAGCCUGCAAUCAGCUGGAAAAUGUUGACCCAAAAAGGAGACGAUUACAUCGAUUCAGAAGACGAGUAUUUUGAGAUCCCUUCCAUCAGCAGAAACAAAGCAGGAGUGUACGAGUGCACAGCAGCCAACGACAUCGCCGUCGACAGAAAGACAGUGAAGCUGGUGGUCAACUAUCCUCCCACCGUGUUUGAAGGUAGAGAUGUGGGUGUCUCUCUGGAUCACACUGGGGUCUUGACGUGCGAGGCAGAUGCUGUGCCAAAGGCAGAUUUCGAGUGGUACAGAGAUGACAGAAGGAUCUUCAGUGGCUUUGAAGGUAUUAAGAUCGAGGACACCGGAUCCACGUCAAAACUGACUUUUCACAACGUGUCUGAGGAAGACUAUGGAAAUUACACGUGCGUCGCCAUCAACAAACUCGGGAGUUCGAACACAAGCAUCUUUUUAUAUGAAGUAAUUGAACCCACUAGCUCGACGCUCUUGCAAGGACCGGGUGCAGUUCAAGACGGUAACAGUGGCAAAGCAGGGACGUACACACCCAUCUGCCUGUUCCUCACCGUCGCCCUGCAGCUACUGCUCACGUUUUGAUGGUGAAGAGGUUUUUGGCUGGAAUUGGUCCCAUCUCUCUCGUCACUCAUAUCAACCCCUGCAGCCACCGAUGAGAGCAGAGGGCGGGCAUGUGAUAUCCCACUACACCUUUUUAAUAAAGUAAUCAUCCCAUUUUACUUUCUACUAGUGUCAAAUAAAUCUCUCCUAUAUUUUUUAUCUUAUCUUUUUUUUUUUUUCUUUUGCCCCAGUAAAAAUCUCAUGAUUUAUACAUAGGAAACAGGCCUGUUGAGGUGAGGCUUGUCCAGUAUAUAUUUGCAUAUAAAAGAAUUUCUGUAACUGUAGUUUCAUUUAACCAAAUGUAACUCCUUCUAAAACUUUAGUAUCACACUUAAUAAGAAAAUAUAUUAUUCCAAGUAUGUUUGGUAUUCUAAGUAUUAUUCCAAUGCACAUAUGUCUCCCUUCUCUUGUUUGUCAUCACAGUCAAUGACCUCAAGAAAUAAGAAUUACUGUAUAAUUAUUUUUACAUUUUUUUUUUUUGUAAUGUCAUUUUCCAGAGAUUUUGGGGAGACCGGGCACAUCUGCUACUCCCCAUUGUACUUUUUUUUUUUUGGAUGGUAAUAUUUAUAAGGUUUAUUUUGCAAAUGAAUUCAUACAAGACAGUCUUUGGUGUAACUUUUAUUUUUAAAUGGAAAAGGUAAAGUGGGAAAUCUUGCAGAACCAUUAAGAAACUCACUACUAACAUUUAAUUUAGUCUGCAGGAGACAAAAUUAAGAAGGAGUUUGGGAUAAUUUAAUGUAAUAUGAUAUACACCAAUUUAAAAUGCAUUGUUUUGUUUGUUUUUAAUAUUAAUAUUACCAAGCAACAAUAGAUUUCAACUCCAGUCGCUCAUUGCUUUUUGAUCGAGUAGGGCUGCAUUCUAGGUUUGGGGUAAAACCAAGAGGUAGACAUUUCCAUUCCACCGACCGAGACAGCCCAAAGUCAUCAUUGUUAAGUUGGUUUUGAAGUUACAAUUUCUGUAUCUUGAACAAUUUUAUUUUCAACCCAUACCUAUAUUCUGCGUAAUAAUGCACCUUCUUCAAUUUUUCAAUAAUUCUAAAAGUUCCCAUCCUGACAUAACUCAUCAUCACUAAGUUCUCUUCUCUAUAUGCAUAUGAUUUGUACAAAGGGAAAAUAUGCACCUGUUUUUACUAAAGUUGUGAACCGGUUUAAUACAAUGCAACAGACUUUUCUAUUUUAUGUUGCUGCUCUGGUUGGAGUCAUGUAAUUUAUUUCUGAAAUUUGCAUUGUUUUGCAUUAGAGUAACUUCUAAAAAAAAUGUUUAUUGUAAAAAUCUGAUAUUAAGUAGUGUGCUUUCCAUAUGGUAUAUGGGCAGGAUGAAGUGAAAUCGUCUAUCAUCGUCUUACCUUCAAUAUCUGAGUUUCAGAAUGGUAUAGUUGCAGAGCAGCUGUGUGGUCUGCUUAAGCAUCUAUACAUUAUAUAUUUUUUUCAUUUUUGUCUCACUGUUUUUGCCUGAAUAUUUGCUAUAUCCCCAGUCAGAGUACCUCAAAGACAGAGCAAAACUCACAUGAUGAUGAUUUUUGCACUACAGUCAGUGUGCAUGUCCAGAUUUAAUUUACAGGAAGACUUUAGUAGCUGUGACUGGUGAAUAAACAAAAAAAAACAAUGUAGAAAAAAAA